AUGCACCACCCUGCCUUCGGAGUCCACCCACCAGCGCGACUCAAACACCUCCACUUCCUCUUUCCCUUCCUCCUCACUCCACUCCUCUACCUCCACCUGCUCUUCCACCCCACCGUAAACCAACCCACCACCGCCAUUCCGCCCCGCAGCUACCUUCCCCUGCUGCUGCCCCAUUACCAGGGAGCCGGCCAAAGGCCCCCAGCAGGCUCACCCUCUAUGUCAUCACGUGUGUCGGCAUCAUCUGGGAUGGAGUUGCUGCAGUGGGGCCUGCUGGCCCCUCCGCCUCCAUCGGGGUUUCACUUCUCCGCCCUGCCCAACCUCUGCCCACAUCUGCCUCUUCCCUCUCCUCGCGCCUCUCCACGCACCCCUCCUCAUGCCUUUCCUCGUGCCUCUCCUCAUGCCUCUCCUCAUGCCUCUCCUCAUGCCUCUCCUCAUGCCUCUCCUCAUGCCUCUCCCCGUGCCUCUCCCCAUGUUGUGGAUCAUGAAGCUGAGCAUCCUGGUGGCCAGGCCAGGCACGUCGCCACCUCGUGCCAUCUGCUGCCUCAGCUGCUCCAUGCGCACUGCACGUGCCACACCUUCGCCUUCACCUGCCUGCACAUGCAACAACUCCCCCUCAUCUGCACCAAUCAACCCCCCACCUCCAUCACCGCGGCCAUUGCCAACCCUCUCGCCAUUGAUAUCACCAUUUAUCACCUCACCCUCCAUGCCUCCCUCCCCUCCGCGUCCCCUCCUCCGUGCUCCUCCCAUCCUCCGCGCUCGUUCCCUCCUCCGCGCUCCUCCCCUCCUCCGCCCUCCUCCCCUCCUCUGCGCUCCUCCUCUCCUCCGCGCUCCUCCCCUCCUCCGCGCUCCUCCCCUCCUCCGCGCUCCAGCAUUCUCAAAUCGUCGUGCACGGCACCUCCCUCUUCCACCACCUUCUACCGCACUGGCCUCUACCGCACUGGCCUCUACCGCACUGGCCUCUACCGCACUGGCCUCUACCGCACUGGCCUCUACCGCACUGGCCUCUGCAACAUCCGCACUGGCACGGGCAGCAGCAUCCUUGUCCUUCUCCCCAAACGCGGCGCACCAAAAUUAGCGGUGUAA